AUGGCAACAUUGGUGUCGCUAAGCGCCAACACACAUGCCAGAGCAGCUCAUCGCGUCGGUUUUGACACCGAUUCGAGACAAAUUCACGUUGACAAUUGUGCUACUCGAAGCAUAACCAAUGUCGAAUCCGAUUGCGUUGGUCCCAUGAAACCAAUUACGCGAAAGGUAAAGGGCAUUGGCGGCGUACAAGUCACAAACAUGUUUGAAGUGACAAUUGAAUGGACAAUUGAAGAUGAUCACGGGAAACGUCACAAAAUUCGACUUCCAAAGUCGUUUCUGAUUCCAUCAUCACCAACUCGGCUCCUGUCACCGCAACAUUGGUCCCAAACAUCAAGGGACAUUCGACCUCUGCCAAGGGGCACAAGAUGCAUCACAUACGAUGAUUGUAUUGUACUUGAGUGGGAGCAACGCAAACACCGGCGAACCAUUUUGCUGGACGCUAGAGGGAGUAACGUCGCAACGUUCACAACCGCUUCUGGAUACGAGAAGUUCAAUGCUUUUUGUACAGAGUGUUCAGUCGACGACGACACAUUCAAUUCCGAACCACUCAUACUUAACUCUUCCACCGCAUCCAACAGCAAGGAGGGGGACAAUGAUGAUCUCGAUGAUCAACAAGAGGUUCACGUAAAAUUCGACGACAAAAUCGAAGACUUCACCGGCCCAUCUGGAGAGCUCCGAAACGGACCACUAUCUACAAAUUUUUCACUUGACGGCCCAGCUCAAACUGGAGAUGCCGACGGUAUGGACCCAGUAACCACCAUUAUAGAGGACGAAGGAGACGUAGAGACACAAGGCAACCCAUCAGCUUUGUUUCUGAGAUGGCAUCAUCGACUUGGUCACGCUUCAAUGACCAAGAUCCGCAUGCUUGCCAAAGUUGGACUCCACUCGAAGGCCCUGGCGGACUAA